AAGCUUGCUUCAUCGAUACCAGGAUUAUUACCAUUGGAAAAUAUUCAACUAAGAACUCACAUCGAAACAAUUAAUUACCGAUCUUUAACUAAAAAUACACAGACUUCAUCGGCCCUACUUAACAAUGGUACUUUUAUAAUCUCCGAGCCUAAUGAAUUUGAAGCUGAAGAAAGAGAUGCGAGUAUAAAGUUUCUCUUCGUUUUACAUCAUUAUGAGCAGCUUUCGAAGACGACAGAAAACUUACUUCAACUUGCUGCGGUCGCCAAGCAAAUCGAACGCGUGAUCGUUGAACCAUUUGUUCGAGAUUCUAGAAUGUGUGGUUUACCCUACGGAUGGUCUGGAAAACUAAGAAGUGAACAACGUAGAUUUCACCCACUUUCUUUGUAUUUUGAUGUAAAAUUCAUGAACAAUUUGCUGAAGAAAUAUCACAUCGCGCCCAUGGUAAAAUUAGAAACUUUUAAACGCCAGUGUCGCUUAAGCGUGACCAACACCACGAUCAUACAUUUUCUGUACAGUGAUCAAUCGGAGAAGGAAAUGAAAAAGUGGUACAAGAUUUCGGCUCUUGAAUAUCAAGACAUUAAAAAACAGGCAAAAUCUUCUGGUUGGUGUGAAUGUAAGUUUAUCGAACACGCUCUCAGUGUGUCGAAUCGAAUUGGGGAACUUCGUAUUGGAAGGCAAAUCUGCGUUGAUGCUGAGAAAGUCAGAAGCCUUGAGCUGUUCGAAAAGGAAAUUACGAAAGGAGAUAAAUGCGUCGUCGUAAUUCAUUGGCGUGGAAUCGGAAAAGAUAGAACACAUUUUAAACCGGAAGUUGAAGUGGAUAACCGGAAAUUGCUGCAGUCGUUACGGUCUAGCGAACGCGUUGUGGAGAAAGCUACGAAGAUCAGAGAUUCAAUCGGUGGUGAGUAUAUAUCUAUUCACAUUCGAUCUGAAAGACAGAUUCAGUGGUAUGAUGUCGAACGACUAGCGCAGUGCGUCAGAACUUCGGUUAAAAAAGUUGAAAGUCUCAAGCAAAAAUAUAAUAAAACAAGGGUUUUUCUUUCGUCAGACUUCACCCGAUUUGGAUCGGACACUCUACAUUCGUUCACGGCACAAAACACUUCCUUAAUGAACAAAUUAAAACAGAUUAAGAGAUUUUUGUACAAGGCUUUAAAACCUUUAAAGUACAAUCCAAAGUCGGACGAUCCUUUAGAUAUGGACAGCGGCGUUGUGGCCCUCACAGAGAUGAAUGUGCUUACAGGGGGGUCACACUUAGUGACCAUUGGCUCUGGAAAUUUCCAGCAAUGGAUUGUUGAUGGGUUCGUGGAGAGGAAGGCUGGCACCGAACAGCAGAACAACUGGACCAUAACAAGAAUUUGCAAUAAAGAAGACAAAGUGAACGACUACAAACCUAGAUGAGUGAUGUUGCCUUGGUAACUAAUGAUUGACACAUGUUGAUCCAUUUGGUCUUUUUGUGUUGCUGAUCUUUUCAUCCAUCAGUGACUAGGGGAUAGGAAAACCAUGAGUGCUGUUGCAGCAUCAGCAAAUUCAUGCCAGGUGCUGUAGCCAUCACGUGCCAGCAAAAGACAAAACCAUCGAAUUGCUGAUAAGCAUUAGACUAAAAAUACAUCAUCUCAAGUAUGCACAAGGAAAGCUGGAAAAUCAAAAAAAUAAAACAGGUCACAGGACUUGAGAAAAGUCCUGGUCAGUUCUCUGGGGCAACUAAACCUUCUUAGCCUGCAUAACAGGCACUGGUUAUUUUUUUUAAAGGUCGCGCAAGGGGGGAGGAGGCCUCCUCUUCUUUCCUCCCCUUGCGCGUCCUCUAGAUUUCAUCUUUUGCCCUAAAAAAAAACUGGUGCCUGCUAUGCAGGCUAGAAGCUUCUUUGUUUGCCAGUUUGAACAAAAUCUGUGAAAUUUAUGACGGAACAGUAAUAGAGUAAUAUCAGUAGAGUGUAAUAUCUUGUAGAGUGCAUAAAAUGCAAACAUUGUGUUUUUUGGUGUAUUAUCUACUUGAAAAAAAGAUGUCUAAGAUUUUCCUGUGGUUUCAAAGGCAGUUUAAGAAUAUUAUUUAAAGAACAAAGGGAUCCUUUGGUGCAAAUAAGUGUCUACACUAUAAAUAAAAAUUUACAGAAUAUAAUAUAGUCAGAGGUAUGGUAACUAGGGCAAAGGGCGUGUAUAACCCUGUGAGUCCCAAGAUUGCCAACAACAAUCUUAACAAUGUGGAUGCACAGGUUAUUAAAAUUAUUAACAAAAUGAUCACCCAAGGGAGAAAUGUUUUGAUCUUUAAAAAAUUCUCUCGACAAUUUUUUAAGGAAAGGUAUGAAUAUCAUUCUAGAGAAUGUGUGUUCAGUAUUGGGGGUUGAAGGGUUGAAGUGCCAGCCAUCUCAAAGAGCCUUGUUUGGCUUUUUAUCUUAGUACCAAGUAAUGAAUGCAAUUUCAGUAACACAACAAGAAAUGAAAGAACUAGUCACUUCUGUAAAGAACUUUCUUGUAAAGUAAUUCUUACCUAUAUGCGCAUACUGUUAGAUUUGUUUAGAAAUGUCAGGAAUUACCAUAUUUUACGAGAAUGCAGGCUGCAGAUUAGUCAUUUGUCUGAACUUUUUCCAUUGUUUUUAAGCCUAAAAACAAAAAAAAAACUCCAGCAGGCAAAUAAGACAGCUCAUGAAUCCAUGUGAAGACGGGAUAAGCAUAGGACUCACAAACACACACAAGGCUUAUGGAUUCUCUGUUCUGUAUCAUGUUUAUGCUAAAAAACAACGCAUUCUCUGUUCUUCAUUAUGUCAUAAAUGUUACCUUACAAACUUAUGUCACAUAACUUCGAGAUUCAUUCUGCCUUGGAACUCUUGCAUGCAGCUUUUUUAGGCUGCCGCCUUGCAGCCUCACGUCUUCGUCAGGCUGCUUGUUGGCAAUGAAACCAAAUACAGGCAUAACAACUUAAAUUGAUCACAGAUGCCUUCUCAUCCUUCUCAAGUCACACAUUCCUGAGAGAGAUGAUAUCGUCUCUGUCAGGUAUGUGUGAGUCCAGGAGAUGGCUGAAAUUCAGGCUAAAUAAACUGCAUCUGAGAUUCCAAUUUGUCCAGUAUCACAUGGUUUUGAGUAUAAUUACUUUUCAGUUUAAUUCACAGAUGAAUGCGUCAGUGCGUGCUCAAGACCAAUCAAGGAUUUAGCGUAAUGAUGAGUCUUAAUAUUUCAUAUAUUGUGCGGUGAAAUCGAAACUGCCGCGAUUCGCCUUCGCGCUCCAAGCCACUUGUCACCGAUAUUCGCCUCGCUGGUGAAGGAAAACGAUUUUCUCGCGUGAUGUGGCUGCGAUUAUUGAGGCGAAGAUCGCGAGGAUGUGGCCUUUUUCUUGGGUUGAAAAUCUGCGUAAUAAUGAGCAUGUUUAUUCUCCAUCACCUACUGUACAACGAGGGCAAGCUUGCUUCAUCGAUACCAGGAUUAUUACCAUUGGAAAAUAUUCAACUAAGAACUCACAUCGAAACAAUUAAUUACCGAUCUUUAACUAAAAAUACACAGACUUCAUCGGCCCUACUUAACAAUGGUACUUUUAUAAUCUCCGAGCCUAAUGAAUUUGAAGCUGAAGAAAGAGAUGCGAGUAUAAAGUUUCUCUUCGUUUUACAUCAUUAUGAGCAGCUUUCGAAGACGACAGAAAACUUACUUCAACUUGCUGCGGUCGCCAAGCAAAUCGAACGCGUGAUCGUUGAACCAUUUGUUCGAGAUUCUAGAAUGUGUGGUUUACCCUACGGAUGGUCUGGAAAACUAAGAAGUGAACAACGUAGAUUUCACCCACUUUCUUUGUAUUUUGAUGUAAAAUUCAUGAACAAUUUGCUGAAGAAAUAUCACAUCGCGCCCAUGGUAAAAUUAGAAACUUUUAAACGCCAGUGUCGCUUAAGCGUGACCAACACCACGAUCAUACAUUUUCUGUACAGUGAUCAAUCGGAGAAGGAAAUGAAAAAGUGGUACAAGAUUUCGGCUCUUGAAUAUCAAGACAUUAAAAAACAGGCAAAAUCUUCUGGUUGGUGUGAAUGUAAGUUUAUCGAACACGCUCUCAGUGUGUCGAAUCGAAUUGGGGAACUUCGUAUUGGAAGGCAAAUCUGCGUUGAUGCUGAGAAAGUCAGAAGCCUUGAGCUGUUCGAAAAGGAAAUUACGAAAGGAGAUAAAUGCGUCGUCGUAAUUCAUUGGCGUGGAAUCGGAAAAGAUAGAACACAUUUUAAACCGGAAGUUGAAGUGGAUAACCGGAAAUUGCUGCAGUCGUUACGGUCUAGCGAACGCGUUGUGGAGAAAGCUACGAAGAUCAGAGAUUCAAUCGGUGGUGAGUAUAUAUCUAUUCACAUUCGAUCUGAAAGACAGAUUCAGUGGUAUGAUGUCGAACGACUAGCGCAGUGCGUCAGAACUUCGGUUAAAAAAGUUGAAAGUCUCAAGCAAAAAUAUAAUAAAACAAGGGUUUUUCUUUCGUCAGACUUCACCCGAUUUGGAUCGGACACUCUACAUUCGUUCACGGCACAAAACACUUCCUUAAUGAACAAAUUAAAACAGAUUAAGAGAUUUUUGUACAAGGCUUUAAAACCUUUAAAGUACAAUCCAAAGUCGGACGAUCCUUUAGAUAUGGACAGCGGCGUUGUGGCCCUCACAGAGAUGAAUGUGCUUACAGGGGGGUCACACUUAGUGACCAUUGGCUCUGGAAAUUUCCAGCAAUGGAUUGUUGAUGGGUUCGUGGAGAGGAAGGCUGGCACCGAACAGCAGAACAACUGGACCAUAACAAGAAUUUGCAAUAAAGAAGACAAAGUGAACGACUACAAACCUAGAUGA